AAAACUACUAAGGAACUUCGGAAGCAAGUCUUUAAGGCUGAUCAAAUGGAUCAAGAUUUUGAUCGAUCAAAGGAUUUUGAUCGAGACUGGAUACGUAAUACCAUAUACAAUUUACUGCAAGAAUAUGAAGCGAACGCUUUAACGACGGACCAUUUAGAAUUGUGGAUACUCGUCCACGUUUGGAGCUUCACCGAUAAAGUUUCAAUGACAUUGAGCCGUACUGCCGUAACAGAUAUGAAAAGAAAGAUCCUCGGGAGAAGAGGUGAUAUGAUUAUUCGCAAGAUUACAGAUGAGUUUGGGUGCGCUGAAGCAGGUCGACAGUUCGAGGGGCAGAAUGGUACAAAGUUGUUGCGGGAGAGAGGCCUGAAAAUGCCUAAGAUGAUGAAAGAUUUGUUUAAUCAACUUUGUAAGAGUUUUGAACAAGAUGAGCAUAAAACCCGUAAACUGGAAACAAUUGGAUUCCUCCAUGCUGGGCUUAUGAUGGCACUUCUGCGCUUAGACUCACCAGCUGGAUAUGUGUGUCGCGUGUUACGAUCAAAAUCUUUUUAUAUCGCUACACAUGUUAAGGAGUUUGGGAAGACACUUCCUGCAAUUGUUUUGACAUGGAAAGCUAAAAAGAUCGUUGAAAAUAUGAUUUGUUUAGUUGAGCAAACCGAUGAAACUGAUGAAUGCAAUGAGGAAGAUCAACUACGACGUUUGGAGAAUAUCUACGAUGUGACACCACCACCAUCACGAAGACGAAAGAAGGUGGAUUUGCCAAUAUGUUUGGAUACUCCAUCAAAAUCGUCAAAGAGAGUCAAAGAGAUCCCGCUUGGUAUGGUCUAUUAUUUUAUUCUACUUUGUAUGAAAAAGGAUAUGUCUAUAUCUUUGUAUUUUGCAUUAGAUCUGCUUGGACCACCACCACCAUUCAAUCUGCUAUCAAGCAUAAUAUCUUGCCCAGAUCCUCAGUGUGAGGGAGAAAAUAAAGUUACUGCUAAAUUUUGUUCGGAUUGUGGAAAGCCUAUCAAUGGAAUGUACACAAUAUCUCCGAAAACACAAGAGAAACAUGGGAGGAAUUAA